UCCGCUUCCGGCGGCGGUCUACUGCGACCAGGGUGGUCUGCGCUGUCACCUAAGGUCUCUGUCUGCGUUCCGCAGCGUCCAGCGACGGCUUUUCUCUGAGCUGGCCCGGCGGCUUCGGUCCCUGCGGGUGCAAGCCGAGGAGGCCCCGCGGUCAUGAGCGGCAAAGAAGGACCAGGAGGGUUCAGGAAGAGGAAGCAUGAUAACUUCCCACAUAACCAAAGGAGAGAAGGGAAGGAUGCCAGUUUGUCUUCGCCGGUGAUGCUGGCCUUUAAAACAUUUCAGCAGGAGCUGGACGCAAGGCACGACAAAUACGAGAGACUCGUGAAACUAAGCCGGGAUAUUACUGUUGAAAGUAAGAGGACAAUUUUUCUUCUCCAUAGGAUCACAAGUGCUCCUGAUAUGGAGGAGAUACUGACUGAAUCAGAAAGUAAGCUGGAUGGUGUCAGACAGAAAAUACUACAGGUGGCCCAGGAGCUCUCGGGAGAGGACAUGCAUCAGUUCCAUCGAGCUGUUACCACAGGACUGCAGGAAUAUGUGGAGGCUGUCUCUUUUCAACACUUCAUCAAGACUCGUUCACUGAUCAGUAUGGAAGAGAUUAACAAGCAGUUGACAUUUACAACAGAAGACAGUGGGAAAGAGAGCAAGACUCCUCCCUCUGACGGACAAGAGAAGCAGCUAGUUACAUGGAGACUGAAGAUCACGCCUGUUGACUACCUGCUGGGCGUGGCCGACUUAACCGGGGAGCUGAUGCGGAUGUGCAUCAACAGUGUGGGCAACGGGGACAUUGACACCCCCUUUGAAGUGAGCCAGUUUUUACGCCAGGUUUACGAUGGCUUCUCAUUCAUUGGCAACACUGGGCCCUAUGAGGUCUCUAAGAAGCUGUACACCUUGAAACAGAGCCUGGCCAAAGUGGAGAACGCUUGCUAUGCCCUUAAAGUCCGGGGCUCCGAGAUCCCUAAGCACAUGUUGGCAGACGUGUUCUCAGUGAAAACAGAGAUGAUGGAUCAGGAAGACAGUGGUUCCUAGGAAACCCCACUCUACAAAGAUGAUUGGUCAGGAGGAGAGCGGUUCCUAGGCAGCCCUGCUCUGCUCUCUAAGGGAGAGCGGUUGGUGAGACUGUCCUGAGUGUGCAUUUGACUUUAUUGUGGCUUCUGUAGACGUUUCCAGUUGUACUAGUUUGAAGUUGUAUACAGCUGUAUAUAAGUUUGUCCAUGGGACAUUUCUUACACUCAUUCUUCCACGCAUUUGCAUACGGUGUUUGUAUCUGUGCUUGCUCUGUUGUUGUGUGAACAUGCUUCCAAUUGCACUUUCUGCCACACCUACUUUAGUUCACUUUGAACUUGGAAUGACAUUUUGGGUGGAAGGAAGUCUCUUAAGUGGGUGACUUUGUAUAUGGAGAAAAAAGUGUAGUGAAGCUUCUGAAGUGAGCUUCCUGUCAAGUUCCUCAGCAGUAUCACGGCAAGCCUUUAAAGUGGGCUUAGUAUGUGAAACAACAAUUUAAAUAUGUAAGCUAUUUAAAUAUCAAGUUCUCAUGUAAGUUAUCAAGUUUUGGUGGUAUUAUAAUGAGAAUUCACUUAAAAUUUUGGUCAAGUAUAGGUCAUUUUGAAUUCAUAUGAAGCAGCUUUCCUAAAGAAUUGAUGGGUACCCAGAUGUUCUUUUCCUUUUCCACAGAUGUGGGAAGGAGCUGAUGAUGAGUCUUCACCAGUGAUGCUGAGUAACUAACUCCACACUUGUGUGCAGGUUAUGAGCAGCCAGGCCCUUCGUCAUGUGAUAGGUGUGCUAUGCUUUCCUACUCCAUCCAUCCUGGUCCCACAGAGGAGCAGCCAGAGCGCUUGGAGUGCUGACAACCCAAACCUUUGCACUUGUCCCUUGGUGUUAGCUAGUGAUGUUGCCAAAGAAGAAGAAUUGUGUAUAAUUCAGCAAUAAGACAGUUGCCAACACAAGAGGGAGUGUGAGCUCACCUCCUCAGUCAGAGUCAUCUGUGGUGAGAGCCUGGCUUGAGCGUGGCCUGCAGCUGACACCGCCACAUGCUUUCAACUAGUUUCGUGACUUUUCACAACUUAGAUACUGGGUUUUAUUUUUGGAAAGACUAUCUAUUUGUAGGGCUGGUUCUUUGAAAGUGUAAUUUUCCAAAAAUUAUCACCAAAAGGAAAAUAGAUUGUGUACAUGCCUGAUACGUUAGAUUUGUUUGUCCUGGUGCUGAUGAGGCUUUGCCUCCCCUGUAGUAAGAUAGACUGCUCAGUUAUAGUCAGUCCUGUUAUCUGCUCUGUCUGUUUUUUUUUUUUCAGCUACUUCAAGUGGAAUUUAUAGUGUUAAAAUAAUGGAUUGAAGAAUGUUUUACAGAAAUUUAAAGCAAAUUUUAAAUAAAAUAUUAAAAUACA